AUGACCCAGACCCUCGACAACAGGGAGGACCCUCUCAACCUGGGCGGCGGCUGGGCGUCCUCCGCCCCCUUGCGUACCUGGUCUACCUGCCACCGAAGGCGCAGGGGCGCUCCCAUAAACAAGCGGCGCCACCGCUAUGGUCCCAAGUCGGAGUUUGAGCCCCCCAGGAAACAGCCAAAGCAACAGCACGGUCCGGGCCCUUGGUUCCAACCACCCCGACGGCCCUACUGGGCAGUGUACUCCAACUGGGGGCGCUGGGGAGAGCCCUGGCGCCCACCACCGGCCGGAUUCUGGAAGCCUCCCGGCCAAGUGCAAGUGAUCCGGGUGUUUGGUGUGCACCCGCUCUGCCUCUGCUGCUGCUCCUGCUGGCGCGGGCCCUGGAAUCCCGGCUGGGCGAGGCCCCCCGGCAGGAAGAAGCGCUGGGGCCGCAGGGGCCGCGGCCUGCGCCGCCACCCUCGCCGCUCCUUCCCGAGGAGCCCGCCCGUGGAUCUGAGCACGCUGCUGAGGCCGGUCAACCUGUACGGGUGGCGGGCACCGGGCAUGCGGGCACCGCGCAACACCACCCAGUUCAUCAUGAACCAGAUCUACGAGGACAUGCGGCAGCAGGAGAAGCUGGAGCGCCAGCAGGAGGCGCUGCGGGCGCAGCGGGCGCAGCAGGCGCAGGCGCGCGGCGCGGCCUCCCCCGGGGGCUCCUCCGGGAACGACGCGCCCCCCAGCGGCGGCGAGGAAGAGACGGAGCCGCGGGAGAGCUUGUACGCCUUUGCGCAGAAUCCCUCUCUGGGCUUCAGUCCCGACCGCGACGAGGAGCACCGGUUUCCCACCGCACAGUCUGGAGAGGAGGAGGACGACGACGACGAGAGAAGGGAGGAGGAGGAGUGUGACGAGGAGGAGUGUGACGAGGAGUGUGACGGGAGGGAGGAGGAGAGCGAGGAGGAGGAGGAGGCCGAGGCCGGAGAUGAAGAGGAGGUCGAAGACGCUGACUGCGCGGAGGAAGGGGAGGAGGACGAAGAGGAGGAAGAGGAAGAAGAGGAAGAGGAGGAUGAGGAAGAAGAGGAAGAGGAGGAUAUAGAAGAGGAAGAGGAGGGGGUGGAGGAAGAGGAGCCGAGAGAGGAAGAGAAUCCUUUACCUCUAGAAAUGCCUUUUUCAUUCCUAGUGGGGGCUGAGGAAGAGAGAGAGAACUUUAUAAACUGUACUUAUUUAAGCCCCAAGCAGAUGAUUCCCAAAGUGCCCCAGGAAGCUCUCCUCAUGGUAGACGACAUUAACUGUUAG